AUGUAUGAAGUCAACAAGAAGUACUGCAACACUUGGAGAAACUUCUUUGACAUCCAAGACAGCUGGCGGAAUGUGCUAGAGGUCAUUAUCUAUUAUGGGAUAGAUCUUGGCAACUUUUCUGGAGUAGCUGGACCUGGUGGCUUCAAUGAUCCGGACCAGCUGAUCAUCGGGGACUUCAGUCUGAGUUAUGACCAGGAGAAGGUUCAGUUCGGGAUGUGGGCGAUGUUUGCCGCCCCACUCUACAUAUCCGCUGAUCUGAGGACCAUGAGACCACAGGCCAAGUCCAUUCUACAGAACAGGGGCGUCAUUGCCAUCAACCAGGACCCACUGGGACAGCAGGCGAAGCUCCUGACAAAGGCAUGUUAUAUUAUUGUCUUCAAUAUUUAA